UCACAAUGUGAAGCACAGUUAAAUACAGAACUAUGUGACAUCUCAAGCGGGAUGCAUUCUUUGAGUGCACUUCUUCAAAACCUUAAGGAUGUCCAAAGAGGCCUGUGCCGGUCCAUCUCCAUCAGCAGAAGCAGCCAAAACAGCAGAUCCUCCACAUCAUCAGCCACCAGCUGAGCUUCCAAGUCACUGGAAAGAUCAUCUUCCACCUUUCCAGCAUGAUUGGAUCCGGAACACAUUAUUUAAGGCCAACCUGCGAACCGGCAAGCCAGAACUAGUGUCCCAGCUGAAGCUUUGGUGGUAUCCUCCUCAGCCCCCUUUAAUUCACACUCAGCCACCCGCCUCACCCGACCUCUUCUUCUGUCGGCCCCUAUUCUUAUGGAUGCCUCUGAAGAUGUGGUUGUUUCCUCUUGCCUGUGUUCGCCCAGACUGUGGUAAGCACAGACUUACUGCGGCGGGACUUUACCGUACCGUACGCAAGGUCUUGGACAUCGACAGGUGGUAUGACCUUGCCACUGAGUAUCUGGAGUGCAAACGCUGCAAGAAGAAGUAUCCCACCUGGUCCGAGGACAUCUUGAGACAGCUGGAUAUGGGCCACCGCAGUCAGUUUCCAGCUUUGCUGACAUACAGAUACUCAUGUGACAACCGGGUGCUGAGGAUGAUGAGGGAGAGGACACUGGGCAACAGGCAACAGUGGCAACUUUACAAGAAGCUGAUGGAACAGCACAGUGAGGCAUGGACACAGCGUGUCCUGCAGUACCUGACUGCUUGCGAACCAUUCACAAGGUCCUCCCUUGUGCAGCCUCCCUGUGUUUGCUGAGCCUCCCCUUUUACCUGCCCUACCUAAACCUAAGUGGCUGUUAGCUGUGUAUGCCAGGGAUGUUCUGGGGCGACUGCACGAGGUCAAGGCCAAAAUUACAUCUGUCUUUGGCUGUGUUCUCAAGAUGGACUCCACAAAAAAGGUCACAAAGAAACUUGCCGGUGCUGCUUCAGGAACAGCUGCCUGAUGCACAAAUGUGGGAAACGAACACGGCCAAGUCCUUGUCACUGUGCUGACAGCCGCCGAGGAACAUGGACUGGACCCCAUGGCAGCUGGCCUGAUGAAACGCUACCGGGAGGCAGGAGAGGAAGCCUCAAAAGUGAUGUACGUGGACAGAGAUUGCUGCAGUCAGCACAGCCAGUCUUGGGUGAAGACUAUGUUUUCGGAGUGGGAUGAGCUCGUAGUGCGCCUCGACAUCUGGCACUUCAUGCAGCGAUUUGCUGCAGGUGUCACGACAGAGGCUAAUCCGCUCUAUGGCAUCUUCAUGGCACGUCUGUCCACGUGCAUCUUUCAGUGGGAUCCAGAAGAUGUGGCUGUCCUUCACCGUGCAAAGGAGGGUGAGCUGGCGGCAAAGAAGACUGGCCACAUCUCAGGAAGGGCGGUCAGUGCUCGCAUUACCCGGAGGGAGUUGGCACUGCACUGCCGGAGGAGGACCAGGGGGCUGGAGGA